CCAGGCCUGCUGGAAGUCCUGGUGGAGUAUUUCCGGCGCUGCCUGAUCGAGGUCUUUGGAAUCCUGGAGGAAUACGAGGUGGGAGACCCAGGGCAAAGAGCACUCUGUGGGUUGGAGAGCGGCCGCCUGCUCUGGCAGAUGGGUGGCGGAAAUACCACUGAGCACAUCCAGACCUACUUUGAGAGCAAGAGGGAGUGCUCUGCGGCUGAGAGCAGUGGAAAUGCUCAGGAAGGGCAGGCUCCUCCAUCUGGCAGCUCCUCAGCAGUUCUGGAGGAUGAACCUCGCCGCAGGGACGAGACACCCCUCUGCCUCACCCACGACUGGCAGGACUCUCUGGCGAAGCGCUGCAUCUGCAUCUCCAACAUCAUCAGGAGUUUGUCGUUUGUGCCGGAUGACACUGAGAUGUGCAAACACGCCGGGCUGCU